GCUGCCCGGUCUGUCCUCACAAGUGGCAAUGGCUCUGCUGUGGGUGUUGAGCUGCCUGGCGCUGGCGGGCUUUGCCCGUGCCGCCCUCCCUGAGAACUGCGGCGUGCCCGCCAUCGCACCCGUCAUCCGUGGCUACAACCGCAUUGUCAACGGGGAGCCGGCGGUGGCAGGAUCCUGGCCAUGGCAGGUGUCCCUGCAGCGCUACAACGGCUUCCACUUCUGCGGCGGGUCCCUGAUCAGCGAGAACUGGGUGGUCACCGCUGCCCACUGCGGCGUCAGGAAAACCGACACCGUGGUGGUGGGCGCCUACGACCAGGACGCACCCGGCCCUGACCAGCAGAAACUGACGAUCGAGAAGGUCUUCAAGAACCCCAAGUUCAACAUGCUGACCAUCCACGACGACAUCACCCUGAUCAAACUGGCCACUCCGGCGCAGCUGUCGGACCGCGUGUCCCCCGUCUGCCUGCCCAAGGCCACUGACGACUUCGCGGGGGGAACGACCUGCGUCACCACUGGCUGGGGACUCACUGACCCCAAUGGUAACUGCGCUUUCUUGUCCCCAUCCCCAUUCCCGUCCCCUGCCUCAUGCAAUUCGCCGUCCCCAUCCCUGUCCGCUGUCUUCCCUG